UAAUCCUUCCGCCUUCAGUCAAAUGGGUGCGAUGAAAGUAUCAAAUGUCUUCACUCCACCACAGAUCAUCAUGAUGAGCUGGACGUAUGUCUUUCUUCCCGUCAUCUUGGGUGCUGUUGUGUCCUGUCAGGACGUACUCUCUAACCCAGUAGUGGAGCUGACCGUGAGACCAGGACAAAACGUUACUCUAUACUGUGACUGUAAACUCACACCUGGUGUAAAUCUUGUUUGGUACAGGAACUGUUCUCAUGAAAAUCAGCCAACACUAUCUCUGAAUUGGAAGGACAGAGAUCAAGACAUUUUUGGUUAUGGUGGGGAUGGAGGAAAUUUCUUCCAUUUAAAUAUGAUGUUGAACGAUUCGUCAAACUCAUACGACUUACUGAUUAAGAACAUCACUGAUUCUCACCUUGGUCUCUACUACUGUGGAACUGAAGAACUGAACGGGGAAAAAGGAAACAAGAAAGAAUCUAUGUACACAUAUGGUAAAAUAAUCACAAGGAUUUUGUUUGAUAUCCCUUUAGAUGCCGGUGCUGGAGACCCUGCUGCUGCAGACUGUGGACAGUGCUGGAUGCUGCUGAUCAUCCUGUGUCCCUCCUCCGCUCUCCUCUCUUUGUUCCUCUACUUCCUCUGCAGUCACAUGGUUCGUGCCGGAAAACACCCUGGCAUCUCUCAGGAAACCAGACCUUUAACACUGCAAGAUGAGGAUGAAAACUACAGCCGUGUGUUUUAUGCUGUGUUGGAAACUCCACAGCACAAAGGAUCUCACAGCUUCUUCGCCCGCAGUACGAGUGGGCUUUGAGAGGCGUAUUGGUUAUGGUUCCUCCCACCACAACACAUACAGCCCACUCUCACACUCACGUCACACCCGCAUAAAAACACAAAGUCACACAAACAAACACACACGCAUGCACGCACACACAUCUUUGUAUAUAUUGAAAUGACCUUGUGGUUCUUAUCAUUUUGAUACCUUAUUUAGUGAACAGUAUUAAUGCAAUCAAUGCACAGCAUGUAUUUGUAUUUCAUUGUAUACCUAGAGUAAAAUGUCUUGUACUUUUAUUUGUGAAAGAAUUAAAGUCCAAUGAGUAUUCAAUUUCAGUUUUUUUUAAAGCUCUCCUUCUUAAUAAGAGUCAGUAAAAAAAAUGGGUUGUUCUUUUAGAGGUACAUUACAGAAUCGCAAUAUAUAUGAAUACUGUAUGUUCAUAAAUGAGUGAAUAAAACCCUAAGAAGGAAAACAUA